AUGAAAAAUAAUAAUUUACCGGCAAAACCUUAAGGUUUACAAUAUAAUACUUAUUGUUUUUUUGUGAAAUAUGUAAAUCAUUGCCUUCAGAAUAAUGGCGUUGCAAGAAUACAAGCAUUAUUUUCCAAUAGAUAGCAUACAAAAAGUAUGUGAUCUGUUUGAAGAACAACUACGCAGUGAGAAAGAGGCAGAUUUGGCUUUGUUUUCUAUCAUUGUUGGAGCGGUUGAAAAUAAUUUAACCAAUGUAAAAAACAGCGACAAGGAAAUGAAUUUGGCGGCAAACAAAGUUGGAAAAAUGAAAUUUCCGUCUGUUGAAUAUGAAGAAGUAAAAUCACUACACGAACGUUUUGUGACACUUAUGCGAGGAGGCGUCGAUGUGAAACUACUAAAUGGAACCUAUACGACAAGAGACUUGGUCAAACGAGUCGCCGAUGUAGUUUGGAAUUCUUUGACUCGCAGUUACUAUAAAGACCGAGCACAUUUGCAGUCCAUUUACAGUUUUUUAACAGGAAAUAAACUAGACUGCUUCGGGGUAGCAUUUGCAGUAACUGCAGGAUGUCAAGUUCUUGGUAAACAAGAUGUGCACUUAGCCUUAUCUGAGGAUCAUGCAUGGGUUGUAUUUGGGAAAGAUGGCACAGAAACGGCUGAGGUAACUUGGCAUGGCAAAGGCAAUGAAGAUAAACGUGGAAGAUCAGUGGGAGAUGGUGUAUCUGCUCGAUCAUGGUUGUAUGUGGCCGGUAAACCAGUGAUAUGUACCAGAGUAAUGGAACUUGCUGCUCUUGUUUCUUCAAUCAACCCUACAUUAACCCAAACUACUGAUGUCCAUGAAAUUGCUCAGAUGCAGCACAGGCUUCUGUGGUUAUUAUAUGACAAUGGUCACUUAGAUGCUUACCCAAUGGCUUUGGGCAAUCUUGGAGAUUUAGAUGAAUACAUGAGAAUAGCCAACUGUUCUGCAGAGUCUGAGGAAUUACCUUUACAUAAUGAACUGGAAAAUUUGCGUCCAGAUGGUACACCUAGACCAGACCCAGCUGCACUUUAUGCGCAAGCUAUUCGAUCAUCAAGAACGAACUAUGACGAUCGCCAUGUAUAUCCAUACACUUUCCAAGGAGGCCAUUACCAUCGCAAUAAAAUGUACAAAGAAGCUUUUAACGCAUGGGCCUGUGCUGGUGAUGUUAUUCGACACUACAAUUACUCUCGUGAUGAUGAAGAGAUAUACAAGGAGUUUUCUGAAAUAGCAAAUGAAUUAAUACCUCAGCUAAUGAAAGCUGAGAGUUCUGGACAUUCUGCCAGGUCCAUCCUGAAGGACCCAGAGUGCUUUGCUUCUUUACUCAGAUUUUAUGAUGGUAUCUGUAAAUGGGAGGAAGGUAGUCAAACACCAAUUCUUCAUAUUGGUUGGGCAAAACCUUUGGUGAGCACAAUAUCAAAAUUUGAUGCAGAAGUAAGAGCCCAAGUUCACAUUAUAUGCAAAACUGAUACUGAUGAACAUACAGAGUCAACAAAAGGUACAGAAAAUGUUGAUAAAGGUGAUAAUGAUAAAUGGAAUAACAAUGCGGAGAAUACAGAGAUGUCUGUGCGUGAACAGCUAACGGCUGCUGUAAACAGUCGGCCGCGAGUUACACUGUACAGUCAUAAGAUGGCUGCGCUGAGACCUUUACUUUUAGCUGAACGUCUAAAUACUCAUGCAUUGCAGUUACAGUUAACAGCACAAAGUCAACUACAACGGCCACAUGCGCCGACUAAGAAAAGAGAUGUGGAUGACGCUAACGUCUCUUUACCCACAGCACGCGCCAAACGAGCUCGGCGUGAACGUUGAAGUCAUUGGUAAUAUUUUGGAUUAGGAACCAAAUACGCUUCUCUUUUAGACUGGUACCGAUGUACCUAAAUGAGUGAUGUAUACAAAGUAUUUUAUGUAGUUUAUGUGUUUCUAUUAGAUUGUUAAUGUUGGUAUAUUAAUUAUUAUUAUGGGUGAUAUCAUGUAUUUUUAGAUUCAAGUUUAAAAGUGAGCAGAUCACCCAAUAAAUAUGAAUGCAUUUAUUAAAAAUAAUAUAACUUUCGAUCCUAUUAAAAACUCAUCUGCUAAUUCAUGAAUGGUAUAGGGCAGUUAGAUAUUUUCUAUAAUGCCAUGUCUUGUCAAUCAAUGAUGUAGGGUGCUGUUAUAAGGAAGUAUAAUAAUUAUAGCUUAUAAAAAGCAAAUUUAAAUGGCAAUUUGAUGAUGAAUAAUCAAUUGUUAAAUACAUUUAAAAUUUAUUAAAAGUGACAUAUUUAUUCUUUAAACUGUCAAACACCAAGCGGUCACCGGUGACCGCAACCUAUUGUUCUAUAAUUGUGUCUACAAAACCGGUACUCGACGAGUUAAAGGAUCUGAGAACCCCAAUUACAUACUGUCAAUAUAAUUUUAACUUCUAUGAGUUGACUAUAUUAUAUUUAUAAAAAUAGAAUUAUAAUCAUUCAAUAUUGUUUCAUCAAUAAAAACAUUUUUUGCAUUGACUAAUACUGGGGUAAAGCAAAUGAAAUUUAGUUGGUAGUAUAACCAAGUAAAGAAAAAACUGCAAUGUUUGUAUCAGUAUAUAAGUAUCGUUACUUAUAAAAAUUGUUAUGAUUUAUUGCUAAGCAAUGACAAUAUAAAAUUAUUGCAACUAUUAAGAUAUAACACUGUUUCUGUGUAAUUCUUCAAUAGGUUAUCAUGAACAUUGCUUAGAAACUUGCUGUUUGAGAGCACUGUUUUUCAUAGUAUACUUAUAAGCAUAGAGAUUUAGUGUCCUCAUAGGUAGGCGUGCUAAAUUAUCGGCUACAUCAUUACGUACCACCAGGCGAGGUUGACCGGCGAAGGCAGCCAAACGCCAUCCUAUUGAUCAAUAAGCAAUGCCAUGAGGUCGCAACCGCUUAAAAUUUCAAAAUAAGUUAUUGUUUUGCUUAGAUAAAUAAGAAUAGAAACAUCUGUGAAGUAUACUCGUAGGUAACAGUCUCGUUAAAUACUUUUAUCACCAUAAUGGUACCUACAUAGAAUUUAAAAACCUAUUUGUAUAGUAACAAUAAGAAAAACAUUUUGAUCUUUCUAUUUAGGUAUAUGUUUCAGUAAUGCAGUUUUCCUUAAUAUUUGACGGUAUUUGUGAAGGUAUUUAUAUAUUUUAACAUUCAUACAAAAGAAAAAUAUUAAGAUAUUUAAAAAUAUAUGGUUUUAAUUUGUGUUCUACGUCAUAAUAAUAAGGUAAAAUAAUGUUGAAAAACAAAAAUAUCUAAUUAAUAAAAUCUUAGUCAUCUGUGUAAUCCGACAUUUUGCACCGAAACAGAUUUUAAUAUUUGCAAGUUUGUUAGUUUAUGGUCUAUCUCUCGAAAGGUUGAGGUUGUUCAUUAGAUAUAUUUAUAGAAUAUAAACGUUAUAUAAAUAUAAGUAAAAUUAUGGUACCUACAUAUGUGCUUGCAGUUUGCAAAAUAUUAUUAUAAACAUGAAUAUAAUAAUUAUGCUAAAAUUAAUAGGUUUCCAAAUUAUGAACUGAAAAUGAAAUUUUCGUAUUGUAAUUUGAUUUGAAAUCGUAUUGUACAAACAAUAUUCUAUGCAGUGUCAUAAUAAUUUAUGAGUAAGAUUUCAUCACGUUAAUAUAGGUUUUAAUUUAUAAGUUUUACUUUUGCAUUUAAAUCCAUACAAGGAGACGCUAAGUGAUAGCAUUUAUUAUGUUAACUAUUUUCAGUAGUUUAUUCAUUGACAUUUUUAUUUGCUUACCCACCGCAUAGCUUGAUAAACUAGCAUAUAAUUAUGUAGUUGUGUGAGUGUAAUAAGAUUGAUAAAAAUCCUCUCAAUACAAAUUGAUACAAAAUCACCUUUUAUAUGUAAUAAUUACGUGUAUAAGGUAUAUCCUAAGUAAUUAUUCGCUUCCAAUUACCUAGUAUAUAUUUACACAUUGGAGUUUCUAGAUAAAAUAGAAAAUUCUUGAAUAGUGUGUAUUCCGAGAAAAUUGAUAUGUUGUGCUGAGCAUUAAUAAGGUUUAGGUAUUUUUAAAAUUGGAAUCAUAAAUAUUUUCAAUUUAAAUGUUGAUUUGUGGCAUAAUACUUAAUCUAUUGUUGUCCUUUCUUGAACUUUAAAUGGAUAGUGCCAAUAGAAAUCUGUUUACAAUAGGUAAUGUUUCGAAUUUACAAUAAAUGUUAUGUAACUGUUUCAAUGAAAAUGUACAUUGAUUAAUUAAUUAUAUGUAUAAAAAUAAUUAUGUCUGUGGAUUUAUUAGAGAUCCAUAUAUGUAAAAUAGUAUUAACCUUGUUGGUGGUCUGUCUCGAUUGCCAACCGGGGUGACAGGUUCGAUCUCCAGUUUCGACAAAGAAUUAUUGUUUUGUUUUUCGAAAUUCUUAGUACUAUUAUUAGGAUGAUAGCCUGAAUCUGGCAAUACUGAUAAUAUCUUGAAGAUGUACUAACAAAAAAUACGUCUUUGCCUACAUCUUCGGAGAAAUACCAGCUUGAUGCUUUGUGUAAUCCCUAAUUUUAAAAUAAAUGCAAUUAACUCUUUGACAUAUGUAUGUUCCACCUUAGAACAUUAACUUUGUUCUCUCAAAUAAUUGUUUAGGCCAAAGCAGAAUAAAUGUUUCAUUGUUAGUUCAUCCUAUUGUGAAUUCUGUUAAUAAGUUACACAUUAUUUGUAACUAGGUAUGUCAUCGUCGAUUAAAUCGAUAUGCGAUUCCUUUUUGAAUUAUAAAAUAAAUAUAUAAAU